GUGUGUGAGUGUGAGCGAGAGAGGGAGUGUGUGAGUGUGUGUGUGCUCUGCUGUUGCUGCCCUUUGAUCCCUGCAUUAGUGUUAGUUAGGGGCUCGGAGACACACACUUACACACAGAGCAGCCAUAGUCAAGACACGGAACAACAACAGCACCUCCUCCUCUGCUCGAGCCCAACAAUACACUUCACGAGCGCAGCCAGGUGCACGACAGCCUGCCAGCACGCUCCGCGCGACAUUUCAAUGGGAAGAGACCUUUUUGCUUUUUAUCCUUAAAGCAGGAGGAGAAUGUGAUAAACAGGAACAUGCCGCGGAGGAAACAGGAGCAGCCCCAGCGCCUGCCGUCACAUGUGGACCGGACUGAAGGUGGCGCUGUACUGGGUGGCUCGGAGGAGGAUGGCUGGUUUGGGAAUGCCUCUGACAGUCCCUCGGAGUCGUCCUACGGCGACAUUCCAGAGGAGCUGCGGGUGUCCCCAGAGAACGGGCCGCAGCCAGAGCAGGAUGCCUCCUCAGAGAGCUCUGUGGGCUGUCCUACGCCUGUCCACCGCGCCUCCCUGGAGCUGCUGGGCCUGGACGCACGUGUGCUGACCACGCAAGACACGCUCUCCUCAGUGGUGUCCUCACUGUAUUCCGGCGACGCUGCCCAGGGCCUGGGAAAGCCCCUUAGCAGCAACCUGCGGAGACUCCUGGAGGCGGGCUCGCUGAAGCUGGAAGGAGGGGAGCUGAUUGGUCGAGGGGCUGUCAGAGGGGCAGAGUCUCCACCUGUGGGCUUGGCGCUGUCGCCAUCUUCACGUCACGCACAGCAGCUAAGCGCGCUCGCACGCAGGCUUGCCGGAAACUCCGCCUCUGCUCCACCCGCCUCCGUGCCGGUGGUGAAGCAGGAGCCCAGCGACCCAUUCAGCCCGGCGGAGGCGGGCGGAGGCUCAGGUGGCGCCGGCUUCAUGUGGGUGGGGAUGGGUGACGCGUGGCUGGCGGCCAGCUGUUCGGGGGUGAGCGGCAGCAGCCUGUCACCUGACUCAGCCAUCCAGAAGCUUAAGGCGGCAGCCAAUGCUGUGCUCCAGGACAAAGGCACCGUGACCUCAUCUGGCUCCGCCUCUUCCUCAUCCUCCUCCUCCUCCUCAUCAGUCACCUCAUCCUCUGCUGCAUCCUCCGUGGCGGCACUGGGCGGGCGGCCAGACGACGCCAUGCGCUUCGACGCCUUCACCUCACCGUUCAGCUCGCAGUCCGCCAGCUCCACGCUAGCCGCGCUCUCCAAGAAGGUGUCUGAGCGGAGCCAGCAGGUGACGGCCACACCCGAACAUCCGCCCACCACCGCACACUUCCUCUCGCUCGUCUCCAUGACGUCAUCAGCAGCUCUGCUCAAAGAGGUAGCAGCACGGGCCGCCGGGAACCUGCUGGUGGAGAAGAAGGAGUCGCCCGCACCGCUGACGCUCGGAGCCUCGGAGGACGUCAAGCCCCUGCUGGACAGGAACCAGAAGGUGGCCACACCCUCCCAGACCAUGGACAUUCUGCUGCCCUCCACACCCAAGGGAAGGGGUAAACCCAGCAGCCAAGCAGGGUCACCCGAGGACGUGGGCAAGCCGUUCCAGUGCCCCGUGUGUGGCCUGGUCAUUAAGAGGAAGAGCUACUGGAAGAGACACAUGGUGAUCCACACUGGUUUGAAAAGCCACCAGUGCCCCCUCUGCCCCUUCCGCUGCGCCCGCAAAGACAAUCUCAAGUCACACAUGAAGGUGCACCAGCACCAGGACCGUGGUGAGACGUUCCAGUGUGAACUCUGCCCUUUUACCUCCUCCCGCCAUUUCAGCCUAAAGCUGCACAUGCGCUGUCACCAGCACUUCCCCCGCCCUGACCUCAAGGUCAAGGAGGAGCCAUGCACCGACACAGAGGAAGGGGAGGGGGACGGCUCUCUGCUGGGUGACAUCACCACCACCACUGGAGACCAGGCCAUGACCACGGAGGCCUCACUGUCUCCUGCCCUGCCGGCGUCCCCUAGUGAGCCGUCUGAGUGCAUGCACGUCAAAGAGGAGCCCCUGGACGUGGCGGUUACGUCCCCGUUCACGCUGCGCAGGGAUCGGCCUGGAAGCAGCAGCUCAUUGGAUCUGUCGGGGCGUAAGGCCAGCCCAUCUGGCCCAGGCCCUGCCCCGGGCCCCGCCUCCCUCUUCAGUCCCGACAUCACCACCAAGACAGCCACAGACCUGCUUAUGAAGCUGUCAGCAGCCAAUCAGAAGGAGGCCCUGAAGGGUGCCUUCCUGGUGAAAGAGGAGCCCCAGGCCGAGGAGCCCCAGAGCUCCCCCCGGGGCCCUGCGUUUUGCGCUGGGCCCAGUGCCCACCAAGAGGGCAGUCCCCUGCUGGCCAAGGGGGCAUUCCUCAGCCAAGACAUCCACAUGAAGGUGGCCUCAGAACUGCUAAUGAAACUGUCAGAGAACAAGAAGGACACCUGUCUCCAGAAGGUGACAGUGAAGGCGGAGCCCAUGGAUGUGGACACGCCCCCAGAAGUAGCCCCACCCCCCUCACACCUACUAGGCUUCAGCACUUUAGGGGCAUGUGAGAAGAAGGAGUCAUUGGCUAGUAUCUCAGAGCCUCUGCCCUGCCCCCAAAAAGACCUCUUCUCCCAGGACAUAUCAGUCAAAAUGGCCUCUGAGCUGCUGUUCAAACUGUCUGAGAAAGUAAGCAAAGCUAAUGAGAACAAAGACAGCGCAGCGUACAGCAUAAACAGCCCUUUCCUGGACGACCACUUCAGACAAUCACCCUUCAGCUCGCGCUCCAAGAGUUCUUCUCCUGCUGAGGCCAGUUCUUCCGCCAGAGCCGCCCACCAGCAAGACCUGGAGAAGGCACUGGUGGAGGUGGGGAACGGUGUGGCGCCCUGGACACUGAGCGAGCAGCUAUACCCCUGCUCCGUGUGCGGCAAGGUGUUCGGCCGCCAGCAAACGCUCUCCAGACACCUGUCUUUACACACAGAGGAAAGGAGGUACAAGUGUCACCUGUGUCCCUACGCAGCCAAGUGCCGGGCCAACCUAAAUCAGCACCUGUCAAUCCACUCAGUCAAGCUGGUGAGCACAGAAGCUGAACACAUCGUUACCGCAGUAACAGCUGACAGGGGAGAGCGCAGGAACUGCCCCUUCUACUACAGCUGUCGUGUGUGUGGUUUCCAGACGGAGCUGAAUGCCCAGUUUGUGAGCCACAUGUCUCUGCAUGUGGACAAGGAACAGUGGAUGUUCUCACUGUGUUGCAGCUUGUGCGAGUACGUGGGCGUAGACGAGACUGAGAUCAAGGCCCAUAUCAACACGGAGCACGCAGGUCUGAACUCCAGAAGUCCUCUGAGUGAAAGCAAGAGCACAUCCUCCUCACUCUCCGCCCUCAGCGACUCGCUGAACAGCUCGGAGGGUGGGGACGUCACCCAGGGAAACGACGAACUCAAGAUCCUGUUGGCACCGCCCUCUUCCGCCAGCAGCCAAUCAAGCUCGGCAUCUGGAAUGGAGGACAAAUCAGAGAAAGGCUUCGAAUGCGUAUUCUGCAACUUUGUGUGUAAGACGCGGUCCAUGUACGAGCGUCACCUGCAGAUCCACCUCAUCGCGCGAAUGUUCGAGUGUGACGUCUGUCACAAGUUCAUGAAGACCCCGGAGCAGCUGCUGGAGCACAAGAAGUGCCACGCCGUCCCCACCGGAGGGCUCAAGUCGGCAGCGUUGGGGGCUCACCUGAAGACGCACUGCCGGCUGGAGUUCCGCUGCCGCAUCUGUCAGGCGGUGUGGGCCAGCCAGGCCGAGCUGGACAGGCACGUGCGUGCCCAUCGCCUGGGCAACCACUACAAGUGCGAGCAGUGUGGCUACCUCUCCAAGACGGCCAACAAGCUGAUCGAGCACGUGCGCGUGCACACGGGCGAGCGGCCCUUCCACUGCGACCGCUGCGCCUACAGCUGUAAGCGUAAGGACAACCUGAACCUGCACAAGCGGCUGAAGCACGCGCCGCGCCAGACGUUUGGCUGCAGACGCUGCGCCUUCACCACCACGCAUCCCUUCGUCUACAGCCGCCAUGUGAAGAAGCACCAGGGCGGGGAGGGGGGUGGCGAGGAGGGCGAGGCCCAGCAGGACCCCUCACGCCUGGGCUCUGCCCACGACGCCGAGCCACUCUUCCUCCUGGAGGGCGACGGUAGCCGCGGUCUGAGUGCCUCCCAGGCACUGCAGUCUGUCGCCAUGUCUGUGUCGUGCCGCCGGCCCGAGGGCGCGCUCGCCCCACACUACCUCUCGGCCAAUGGGGCGUCAGCACCAACGACGACGCCGGCCGCACGCUGCUGUGAGCAGUACAAGAACUACGACCCCGCCCACCUCAUUCCCCUCACCAUGCUCUUCAACACUCAGCGCUGCACAUUCCAUAACCCCGCCCCCUCACACGCCUCCUCGCCCUUCUCCAGACUCUGGCCACGCCCUUCCUCGCGGGCCCCGCCUUCACCUCUGUCACCCAAGCGCUCCUUCCUGGCUUAUCUGGGAUUAACAGUGAGAGCAAAAACCAUCUGAGCUGCCCUCCUCACCUCCCUCUCCAUCCUCAUCCCACUCCAUCCUUUCUUUCUUCUGCAGCACCUCUGGCCGUGGACAGGAGUCACCAUUCCAGGUUAUGGUGUUGUUUCUCAAAACUACAGUUCUUAGAAACAAAGGCAAACGUUGGACAAGCUGGAUGCAUUUCUAUCGAAGCUGCUCUCCUGUUCUGUCAAUCUGAUUUUUGCUCCUUUUUUGUUGUUAUUUUCUAUUUGUUUUAUUCAGAUUUUGGAUGAACAGAAACCAAUAUUAAUGCUUUACUUAGGAAUGUUUUUUUCUUUUGUUCAACAAGGAGGAAAAAGAGAAGCCAGGAGUUUUCCGAUGUGUAAGUGCUCAGCGUUGUGCAUUGGUAUGUCUUACUACCAAGCCUCAGACCGCAUGCUGGCCUGUGUGUUACGGUUGAUUUAUGUCAUUUUGGGGCUUGAUAUGAAUUAUCCAGAGGCAGCACGACAAAAAAAAAAAAAGAAAAACAAAAGAAGAUGAGAGUGCAUUCUUUUAUGUCUCGUUUUCAAAGCGAUGCCUCAAACCCGCACUUGAUUAUUCAUCAGACUGUACAUAGAUCUUAGCGUUUCUUCUCCCGCCCCCUCCUGCCUCCUGGUUGGCUGCUUGUCCAGACUAGUGAUGUCAUUCCCCAUCCAUUGGUCUGUCUCGGGAGCAGAGUGACGCCCCUUUACCAGUUAGGCACCGCUGAUGGCACUAGGGUUUUACAGAUUUUUGUUUGGUUGUGUUUAAUUUUUUGUUUUUCUUCUUCUUAUUAUUAUUAUUAUUAUUAUUAUUUUUACACAAGCCAUUCAAAACGUGCUGGUGGCCCAAGCAAUCACUUGGCACCUGUUCAGGGCCCGUUAGUUUAGCACACAGGCCUGACAACCACGCCGCCUUCGCCAGGGCUGCUGGCUGCCACAGAUGGUGCCAGUAGCUAACACAAGUGGAGUGUCCAUCCCCCGCCAGUGCCAGGGAAGCGCCCUGUGCUUAGCUAGCAUCUGUAGUGUGCACCUGUACGUUUAAGAAGAUACACGAGGUGACAGGUUGGUGGGGGUGGGGGACCCACAUAGCCCGUCACGAAAGGCCGAUUCAAUGGUGCUUUUUGGAGUUUUUUGUAAUUUUUUGUGUAAAAAAAAAAAACAAAACAUGAAACUGUUCCAAAAUGACUUGAAUGAAUGUACUUUCUGUUGGUUAAUGUCAGUGAUGCAGAGGUAGCCGGGCCUGUUGAAUGAAGCUAUGAGAAAUGGA